AUGGAAAGCAGUAGUCAACCAUCCAUUGCAGUACCUAUAUUUUCCGGUGAAAAUUAUGAUUUCUGGUGCAUAAAAUUGAAGACAUAUUUUGUGUCUCAAGAUCUUUGGAAAAUAAUUGAAACUGGUGUUGAUGGAGAUACUACAACAAAUUUGACUGAGGAACAACGAACUCAGUUGAAGGAGAAAAAACAAAAAGAUGCUAAAGCUCUAUAUACUCUUCAGUCAGCGGUUGAUGACACAAUCUUUCCGCGGAUUAUGGGAGCUACAACGGCCAAAGAAGCAUGGGCUAAGCUGAAGGAGGAGUUUCAAGGAAACGAAAAGGUACGGACCAUUAAAUUGCAAACACUUAGAAGAGAUUUGGAAAAUAUCAAAAUGAAGGAUUCUGAGACAGCAAGGAAUUUUUAUUGUAGAGUGAAAGACAUAGUUAAUCAAAUGAAUAUUUAUGGUGAAGUUAUUGCUGAUAAAAAGUUGGUUGAGAAAAUUCUUAUAAGUCUCUCUGAAAAAUAUGAUCCUAUAAUAACUGCAAUUGAGGAGUCGAAAAACAUUAAUACUCUCUCGGUGACAGAACUUAUGGGUUCUUUAGAAGCGUACGAACAGAGAUUGAGUAGGCGUAACGAAGCCCCAGUCGAAAGUGCGUUUCAGUCGAAACUCAACUUUGGCAAGUCUCAGAAAUCUAAAGAAGAUGGCGGAAAAUCCAAAGGAAAUUAUAAAGGAGAUAAACCCAAUAAUAAUUGGGUAAAAAGAGAGACAGGAAAGAAAAAUUUCCCACCUUGUAAGAUUUGUGAAAUACCAAAUCAUCGAACAGAAGAUUGCUGGCAUAAGGGCAAGCCGAAAUGUGACAAUUACAAGCGUUUUGGUCGUAUUGCAAAAUAUUUCCGUCAAAGAAAAACUUCCAUGCCAACUAUCAUGAAGAAGAGAAGGAGGAGGAAACAAAACUGUUUUAUGCCCGCCAAACAUCAUCAGAAGAAAAAAAAAUGA